CGGCGGUUGAAUGUAUUGUUUGCGUGCUUGGCAACCAUCGUGGAGCGAAUUUGUACAUGUUGAAAUUGAAAGUGUAGCUUAAACUGCUAGAAUAGGGUGUUUAUCUUGCAUCUCUUGUAUAUUAUGAGUGUUGCAAGUAAUACUGAAUUAUAGGCUCAGGGCGUCAGAUGUUCAGCGUGAUGGGAAAUUGUAUAUCGUGUUGGAAACGCCACCGCGAACCUCACAAGGAGAUUACGUUACUGCUGGUUGGAAUCGACAAUGCAGGAAAGACUGUUGCUGCCAAAGGUUUAUUAGGAGAGUCGAUCGAGGGCGUCGCGCCGACGGUCGGGUUCUCAUCGUCGUCGAUGAGGUACGACAAAUUCGACGUGACCCUGCAUGACCUCGGCGGCGGCAAGAAGAUCCGCGCCAUCUGGAAGAACUACUUGUCGGAGGCGUACGGCCUCAUCUACGUCGUCGAUUCGAGCGACGGCGAGCGCAUGCAGGAGUCGAAGGCUGUUCUAAAGGACCUGCUGCAGAAUCCGCGCAUAUCCGGCAAGCCAGUGCUAGUACUAGCGAAUAAGCAGGACGUGCCCGGUGCGUUGGAUGAGAUUGAUGUGGUGGAUCAGCUGGAUCUAGAGCUGCUAGUGAACACAUAUAAAUGUCCCUGCAGGGUGGAGACAUGCUCGGCGUCACUCGGCCAGGGCAAGAAGAUGGACGCCGCGCUGAGAGCUGGCUUCCGCUGGCUGCUGGAGACGAUCGGUGCGAACUUUGACCUUCUGCACAAGCGCGUCGAGCACGAGACGGCGCUGCAGCGGGAGGCUGAGGAACAGGACAAGCGCGAGAGGAUUGCGCGCGUGAAGAAGGCACAGGAGGAGAGAGCGAAAGCUGAAGGUCAGAACGAAGAAGACUGUUGCAGUUAAAAAUGAAUUGGCACCU